AUGGAUAGCAACACGGUGGCAAGUUUUGUCCAAAAGCCACAGACAAUUGUCCGGUUUAUAUCAAUUGUAAGUGCUUCAGUAGCUCAUAAUUUAAUUCAAGGCAGGAAACGUAGCUUUAUUAGUUAACAUUGAGGUUAAAAAUUCUUCUGUGAGGGCUCGUCAAAUGGAAACCUUUCAUUGCUGAGCUAAGCACACGGCUAAAAUUAGCUUAUUUGUAAUGCUAGCACAGUUAUUUGAGUGCAAAUUGAUCAGUAAAACGUCUCGUGAUUUACAUUAUUUGUGCAAAGUUAAGUUUUUCGUUGGCCUUUAGCAAGGUUGUAGCAUAGACAAACUUGUGUCAAACAUGUUGGUCUUAAUUGAUUUAAAUAAUUAUAGCCUCCCUCUGUCUUCUGUGAUCAUAGCGUCUUCUGUGAUCAUAACAAGAGUGAACAUUCAGUGAGCUCAGUAUAACUGGUUACACUUUCUGUCUCUACCUCACUAAAGCAAUUUUUAAUUUCUAGUAUAAUAGUUAUUAAUGCGGUCUAAAUAAUAGUAAGUAAUUAUUUGAUUUUUUUAAGGAAAAAGUAAGUGUUGGAGCAACACUGCUCUGUAAAGACACCCAGUCAUUCUUUACAAAUAUUCCCUGAACAUUCUACAUUGGAAAAUUCAACUAAACAGGAGCAGGAUAAACAGUGCAACAAUAGAGCCUUCCAAUUUUUUCGCAAGUUUUGACAAGGACUAAUUAGCAAAUAUCCAUCAACAGCGUGGGGAAGCGCAUGUUAAAAUUGGUAAACAAACUUGCCAAAUUUGAAAGUAAUACUUAUGAGGCAAGUGCAGACUAAUAAAGCUUUUCAAAGUCUCCAAAUUUUACAAAUGCCUGGUAAAUUUGUAGCUGUAGCGCCUAUAUCUUUGCCUAAAUCGUUCUCAAACUUGGCGAGGCUACUUUUUGCAGGGUGUUCUUUCCAGCAGAGUUGACAGAUUUUUGUUGACUUAUCCCUUCAAAAGUUGAAUAACUGUAGAAGGGUCAUCUAGACGUAUUUAUUUGAUGACAACUUCACCAGGCCUCAUCAAUUUUAUGAGAAGGUUUUCUUAUGCAUCAGUCAAUUCCAGCUGCGAUGACUUUUCGCUCCUCCCUCCUUCCCCCCAAAUACAGGGCACAUGGUCGCAGGUUAAGUUGAUAGUGAGAUCUGGAUAAUAUAUUGAGGUUGACUUUAACAUAGAUGAAGUCAGUAGAGAGAUUAAACAUCGCAUUUAUGGCAAACGGCAAACGUGAAUUUGUACCACAUGAUCAAGUUUUCCAUCUACUUAUCGUUUACUGUUCAUUAUAACUACACAAAAGUCAGUAGAUUCACACCAAUUCUAUCCAUAACAGUAUGUUUUAAGCUGUUUUUAUCUGCUCAUUUCUCAAUUUAAAAAUUUCUCAACCUGAAUCUCACAUUUUCACAUUUGCCAUAAACGUGAUACUUAAUCUUUCUAAUAAUGCACAAAAAUAUCCAGUUAAGAAUAUGAGAUAAAUUUUAUUUUGAUUCUUCUUUUAGAUUUUUGCAAUAGUUGUGUUUGGAUGUAUUUCUGCCCGUGGCUAUGAUGAAAAUGGCAUUUGUCUAUAUAAUCAGAAAGAAGGAGCAUGUCGCUAUGGUAUUGGCAUUGGUGUGAUCGCUUUCCUGGGAUGUAUUGCAUUCCUAGCUAUUGAGGUGCAGUUUGACACCAUUGAGAAUCCAGAUACAAAGAAAUACAUCACCUUGGCUGAUCUAGCGUUUUCUGCACUAUGGUGCUUCCUCUGGUUUGUGGGUUUCUGUUAUCUUGCUGAUAUGUGGAGAAGAAUGAACACAGCUCCACUCAAAACAGAGCAAGUUAAUAACUGCCAAGCUGCUAUUGCCUUUUCAUUUUUCUCCAUUAUCACAUGGGUAAGUUUGUUUAGAGUGUAUUCCAGUGUCUGUUUAAUUCUAUGUGCAAAAAAAUGCUAGCAAUCUCACUUUUGAAGCAGAGUGCUGCUUUACUAAAUGUUAACAACAAUUUCACGAUAAAGCAUCUCAGACAAAUGACUAAUUUCGUACUUUUUGCGAAGCAGGAUUUGGGUAAACCCUUGUAUACCCAACAAAAGUAUUCCCAUAUCGGUCAAACAGCAAUAUGAUUACAUAGUGUAACUUAUAAAAUCUACUUGAGACAUGAUGUUAAUUUUAACACAUGUGAGGUGUAUUAGAGUAUUAGCAGUGGUGUUUCCAUAAUUUUAAAUCUUUUGUUAUAAUGCCCCUCGUACACCUUGUAUACUUCCCAAACUUUUGCAUAACCAUUGUUUCCAAUUUCCUCUGGGUUUUACAGCCAUCUCAAGAGAUAUUUGAAACAAUGCUUAAUGCAAAUAAUUGUUUUGACAGUGGCAAAAUUGCAUGUACCGUAUUUCCUUGAGUAAGCACCCAGGCUCUAAUUUAAAAUUGCAGCUGAAAGGAGUGGCACUUAUUGGAAGGAGGGUGUUUAAUCAAGGCCAUAGGGGAUUGCUAUAAGUUGUCCUCCUCUUGGUAAUCAAGCAUACCAUAGUCCCACAAAAAUGUAGUUAACACAAGGAUGUAGUGGUAUAAAUGUUGAAAUUGAAGAUUAAAAUUUAUCAAUGAAGUAGAAACAGGAUUUUCUUUAUCGCUACUGUGAAGAAAGUAUUAGGGAGAGAAGGAGUGCUAAUUAUUCAAGAGGGGUGCUUGUUUUGGUGUGGCAGUUGGGGCUUAUUAGAGUGUGGGUGUUUAUUUGAAGUGAUGUGGUAUAAUACAGUGUAAUAAUUCAAUGUUAUUACUAGUACGUCACUAUUAAAAUUUUGUCUAAUAUUUUUUUCUAAAUUCGAAUACAUCAUGCUAAACAUUCAUACAUCAUUGUCCAAUAUGCUAACUUUUAGGGUGGGCUGACUGUGAUGGCAUUCCUCAAGUACCGUCGCCUUCUGACAGAGUUUGAAUAUUCGAGGGAUAAUUUGGCAGGGGAUCCGUACUCAUCACCAUAUGCUCCAUACCCCACCUCACAAGGCCAGGGGGAUCCUUACCAAGCCAAGCCAUUCUCUGAUCAGCAAGCUGACAGUGCCCCUGGAGAAGAUAGUGCUGAUAAAUAUACUCCUCCGCCAUACUAGUGAAUGUAUUUUUAAUACUAUUAAUUAUGCUGUCACUGUUUGUCUAGACCUAAUUAUAGUGUUAAGUUUCCUGAUCAAUCCUUGCAUCUACUAGUGACACAUUCCCAUUAAAAAAAGAAAACAUUUUUUCACCUGAAUCUUUGAACUCUGCCCAAGCAAAGCGCAAAGAAUUUCACACUGCAAUGUAUGACUGUUUUUCUCAGCAUCAUUGUUACUUCAUCAUCCCAUGUUUUUACAGUUAACGUCCAGUGCUAAAGUGAAGAUCCUACAAACUCAAAAACGAUUCUUAAUCGUAAAACAAUAUUGAAAAACGGGAAUUAGUUGAAACCCUUAAAUAAAAAUGCAGACUCAGAAGUUUCAAUAAGCAUCUCCCAUUCGUUGUGACCACACCGAAAAAAGGAAAGCACUGGUAUCCAGAAUUUUUAGAGGGUUCUUCCAGUAAAUGGUUUAGUCAAAGUGACUAAAAGGAAGUGUUAAGGGCUAAUUUUUUUGGUUUAAAAACUUGAGAUUGAGGUGAGAGAAUGAAGAAUUGUAUUACUAGAUGACUUAAAUUUUGUUUGCAAAUAUUGGUACAUGUCACUAGUGCAAGUCAGAGGAAAGAGCGAACUGUUUUACUAGUCUUCUUUAUGAAAUAAUUUGGUUUCUAGUCUCAGUUUCAGUGCAACAAACUUGACCGGGAUACAACUAAGGUGUCUGACUUUGUUGGGUCAUCAGCCAAUCAAAAGCGAGAGCAUCUGUUCAAAUAUGAAAGUGUCAGAAGCCGUGAUUGAGUUUAUUGCACCGUAACAAUAAAGUUUAUUAGUAUUUACCAAAUCAGUGAAUAGCAAUUUCCGUGCGUUUUGAUUGGCUACCGUGACUCGGAAUAUUCUUGGCUAUUUACUCUUUUGCGACGGAAGCCAAGAUGGCGUCUCGUUUCGAGAAAUUUCCGGAAGACGAAAUUUAAGCGAGAAAUGAAGCAGUCGUAGAAACAAAUACCAAGAAAGCGACGAACUUCAGCUUGUUAGUGUUUACUGGUAGGUAGAAAAUUAUUUUCUUGCUGAAUUUACAACAAAAUCGCAAAAACACACUUGACAAAAUCCCCGAAGUGUUUCUAAAUUGUAAACAGGCUUCCUACGAAGUGACGUUUUUAAUUUACAAAAAAGUUACUUUUUUCCAUUUUUAUCCAACUGAUUUGGUAAAUACUAAAACAACUAUCCCGCUCAGGGUCAGUGAACAGCGCUAGAUAUAUACCUCGACUCUUCGCAUCUCGGUAUACAUCCUGCCACUAUUCACCUCCCCUUCGGGGGAUAGUUGUAUAUUAUUCACGUAAACAUCUUCACGGGUCUACCCUUUGUUAGGUACUAAACCAGUAUGAUAUGAGUUGAGUGAAAUCGCGGUAUAAGCAUUUAUCUUGAGACUGGCAAAAUCAUCUGUUACUACAGUAGUUUGUUACAUCAUGUUCCCGUUCAAUAUAUUUUACCAUUACGGCGAUAAAGAAUAUCAUUCAUUGUCAUUUUUAAUUUUAUCGCCUAGGCAUUAAAUUGAUUAAUUUUUCUCUGACCUUGUAGGGAAUAUGCUUUUUACUUUUUACUUAUCCCUUCAAACCUUUGUUCUACGUGAUUUGGAGUCUGCAAAUUACAAAUAUGAGGUAUUGGGUCCUUUGCCUGUAAGCUGAAGUCUAUUCUAACUUUAAACCUAAUCUUUUUCAAACACUUUAAUGAACUAUUGUUUAUAGGGGAGCUACUGAUCUAAUUACACAAGUUAAUCCACUGUUCUUUCUAAAAAAAUGUACACUGAGAAUGUGGCUGUCUACUUUAGGAGCAGGUUUCUUUUAAUAAUUCAAAAAUUGGACCGGAUAUCAGUAUGAUCCAGUUCUUUUGUGGGUCAAAAGGCUGUGUUGGCGGUCCAGAUAAUUACAGUCAAAGUUAUGAAAAAGUUUCUCGAAAGGAUGGCUCUUUUGCGGUCACCUUGACAAAACCUUGAUUCAUGCCAAAAACGUUUCCAUAAGCAGCCAACUCGAAGUCGCAGAUACUGUUACUGUUUUUUAGGGCCCAGUUCUUCAAAAGGUGGAUAUCUCUAUCCACUGGAUAACGCAAUUGGUUUCACUUGUAUUGUCCACCGGAUAGUGAUUUAUCCAGUGGAUGGUGCUUUCACUGAAAGUCGUCGACUUAAGGAAGCUUCAAUUGUAUUUUACUACUGUAGUCAAAGACUAGUUUACCGCUGGUUUUAGAUAAAGUGAAAAGUGCCUUUAUCAUUUAUUAAUAGAAAUAAAGGUCAGUUGUCAGAAGUGUG